CUCUCUUUGUUUUCUUUCUCUCUUCGUCCUUUAUUGUUCUUUCUAACAAACCGCUGUCACUGCCGCUGCCUCCACACCUUCCAGCGUCUUACCUCAUAUAUCUAUUCAAUCCAUAGCUCCCCAUUUCUUCGCCGAUUCUCUCUCACUCUCGGUCUCUUUUCAAAUUUUCCUGUCAUUCUUUUUUAGCUUUGGGUAACCACAGGCGAAAGCACACACACGCUAUAAUAGGAAGAGAGUUUUUGUGAGAGAGAACCCUAAGUUUUUUUCUGCCGUUUCUGGUUUUUGUGAUUUUCGAAAUCCGCUGCUUCAUCGGAGACUCAUUUCAGGUGUUGGUUUGUGAAAGAAAGAAUGUUUUACGAUUUUUCACUCCUUCAACAGAGAGGACUUCGAGAGGACUGGAAUAAGCACUUUAGUUGCUGUGGGAGUCCGAGAUAUUAGUGCAACUUGGUUCUGCAACGGGUGUCUAUAAAACCCUUGUAAAGUACUUGGUUGGAGUUCUGCAGGAUAAUUUUAAAGGCUUCAUUGGUGAUUUCCAUGUCCAACUCUGCUACCCCCUCUGCCCCCAAAGCUACUGGAUCUGGCUGCGGUGGACUUAUUGACAACAAUGGAAUUAGCUGCAUUAAACUUAGUUAAUGCCACUUUAAAUUGGAUCACUUUUGCUUUGGAUGCCCCUUCUGCACGAGCUGUGGUGUUUGGAGUUCACAUAGGCGGGCAUUUAUUUGUGGAAGUUCUUCUUUUGGUGGUAAUUUUUUUUCUGCUUUCCCAGAAAAGUUACAAACCUCCUAAGCGGCCAUUGACAAAGAAGGAAAUAGAUGAGCUCUGUGAUGAAUGGGUCCCAGAAUCCCUUAUUCCUCCUAUCACGCAAGAGAUGCUGAGUGAACCUCCAGUGUUAGAAAGUGCUGCAGGGCCCCAUACUAUAAUCAAUGGGAAAGAAGUUGUGAAUUUUGCUUCUGCAAAUUAUCUCGGAUUUGUAGGGCAUGAUAAGUUACUUGAAUCAUGUACGUCUGCGUUGGAGAAAUAUGGUGUUGGAUCUUGUGGUCCUCGUGGAUUCUAUGGCACAAUUGAUGUCCACCUUGAUUGUGAGUCCAGAAUAGCAAAGUUUUUGGGAACACAUGAUUCUAUCCUCUAUUCUUAUGGGCUUUCCACCUUGUUCAGUGCAAUCCCAUGUUUUUGUAAAAAGGGCGACAUAAUUGUUGUGGAUGAGGGAGUCCAUUGGGGAAUACAAAAUGGCCUCUACCUUUCUAGAAGCACCAUUGUUUAUUUCAAGCACAAUGAUAUGGAUUCUCUGGAAAAAACCCUUGAGAAAAUUACAGCACAGAAUAAGCGGGCUAAGAAAUUACGGCGCUACAUUGUGGUUGAAUCUGUGUAUCAGAAUUCGGGUCAAAUAGCUCCUUUGGACAAGAUCAUCAAGUUGAAAGAGAAGUAUCGCUUCCGUGUCUUACUGGAUGAGACCAACUCAUUUGGUGUACUUGGUCGUACUGGAAGGGGUCUCACUGAAUACUGCGGGGUUCCGAUAGAGAAGAUAGACAUUGUUACUGCUGCCAUGGGACAUGCAUUGGCAACAGAAGGAGGAUUCUGCACUGGAAGUGCUCGUGUCAUUGAUCAUCAACGGUUGAGCAGUUCUGGCUAUGUCUUCUCUGCAUCUUUACCCCCAUAUUUGGCUAGUGCUGCAAUUACUGCUAUUGACAUCUUAGAGCAAAAUCCUGAUCUGACAUCAAAGCUGAAGGAAAACAUUGGCAUUUUAUGGAAAGGACUCUCCGAUAUCCGGGGGCUUUCAAUAGCAAGCAAUCCAGAAUCACCGAUUGUUUUCCUUGUGCUUGAAAAAUCAACUGGUUCAGUGAAAAGUGACCUUCAGCUCCUCGAAGACAUUGCUGAUCGUGCCUUGAAACAAGGAUCCAUUUUUGUAAUGGCUUCAAAAAGAUCAACUCUCGAUAAAUGCCCCCUUCCUGUCGGGAUUAGACUGUUCGUUUCAACCGCCCAUUCAGAGUUGGACCUGCUUAAGGCAUGUGAAUCACUCAAGCGAGUCGCAGCAGCGAUGCUUAGGUGAGUGAUACCCAUCAUAUAUAUGUGUGUAUGUAUGGAUUAGUAUCUGCUGUCAGUAUAGUUUUUUAACUUCACAAGCAGAGUUGAAAAACAUGUUAUAUUAUAUUUGAAAAAAUAAAAUAAAAAUAAGAAUAAGAAUAGAGAUAAUGACAGUUUUUUUAUUCCAUUUGUAGAGCUAAAAAAAAAAACCUUUACUAGCAGUGGAUAUGAUAAAUUAUCCUUUUCAA